AUGAUCAGCUGGCAAUUACAACUUAUUACCGUCAUCAGUACCCUGGUGAUUGCAGCUCGAAUAUGGUAUGACAAAUAUAUCUUCAACAAAAAAUAUCGGCUACCGCCAAGAGUUCCAGGCAUACCAUUCUUGGGGAAUUCUCUCCAGGUCCCCAAAUGGCAUCAGGGUCCGUGGGCCAUGGAGUUGGCCAACAAGUACGGCGAGAUGUAUACUUGCAAGCUUGGAGCUCACACUUGGGUCUUCCUAAACUCGUCCAGAGUUGUUAAUGAUCUGCUGGAGCGAAGGUCCGCCAUUUACUCGUCACGGCCACCGUUCCCUAUGGCAUCUACGCUCAUGUCGGACGAUUGUCGCAUUGUGCUUCAACCUUACGGCGACGCCUGGAGGCAAACUCGAAAAAUCAUGCACGGGAUUCUCAAUAGACAGAACCUGCCGACCUACGCCCCCUUUCAGGAGUUGGAGUCUCAAGUCCUUCUUUACGACUAUCUUCACGUCCCCGAGAAGUGGUAUGCCGCAAAUCAAAGAUUUUCCAAUGCCGUCAUCAUGAGUGUCAUCUUUGGAAAGCGGAUGCAAUUGGAAGACCCGAACAUUACUGCUCUUUUCGAAAGUGCAGCGGACUUUGCAGAAGCACUACAACCAGGGGCCUGGAUUGUGGAUGGCUUUCCAUGGCUUGCAAAGCUUCCAACCUUCCUUCAAUGGUGGCGUCGUGCAGGUUUAGCGAUGCGGAAGAAAACGCUAGACUGCUAUCAGAAUGAAGUCACAAACCUCGAGCGGCGAAUGGCGUCCGGCGUGGCUCGAGAAUGUUUCGCCACAAAGUUUCUGAGAGACCCAGCCUCUAAGAAGCUGAGCCACAACAUGAGACUGGUAACUUUGGGGUCCAUGGUCGAAGCAGGAAGUGAUACUACGCGCAUGAUUUUGAGUAUGAUUAUCGCCGCAGCUGCUACAGAUCCCCGAUGGGUGGCUGAGGCCCAGAAACAGCUGGACCACGUCUGCGGUAGCAAUGCUGAGCGAUUACCAUCCUUCAGUGACAAGAACGAGCUACCAUAUAUCACGGCAACAAUCAAAGAAGCCCUUCGAUGGCGGCCUGUCUCGGAACUUGGACCGCCAAUCCUACUAAUCCAGGAUGAUGAAUAUGAAGGGUACAGAUUUCCAGCGGGCACUCUCUUCACCUUCAACACCUGGAACCUUCACCUCAGCCCGGAUGAACACAAAGACCCCCAUCGAUUCUGGCCGGACCGGUACCUCAACAUGGGGAAAGACCUCUCUGAUCCUCUCAGAGGCCAUUACGGGUUUGGGCCCGGGCGACGCGCCUGCGCAGGGUAUCACAUUGGAGACACCAACCUUUGGAUUGCCGCAGCUCGACUCCUAUACUGUUUCAACUUUUCUGAAAUACCGGGCCAACCGAUUGAUACUUUGGGCACUAACUGGUUCGAACACCGGCACGCUCCGUUCCCAGUGAAAAUCAGUGUACGGUCGAAAGGACACGAGGAGCUCAUUGAAAGGGCUGGUCAAUCAGCGGUGGAUACCCAAUACUAG